ACAAGCUCAAGCGAACAUACAAGUGUGUCUGUAUUGCCUGACUACAACAGUUGGCAUAGAUAUGUCACUGCAGCUUCAUAUUUUGCCUUGCACAUCUUCUGACAAACUCAAGAAGUCUUUCCUUGACCAACUAUCUCUCCAUGUUGAGCUGAACAGGGAAGCCUCCUCCACUGUUUCACUGCCGCUCAUUGUGAUAUUCCGGCCUCAAGGCAGACCGAACGAUGAAUUUGAUGGCGUGGUUUUACCUUUCCUUGAUAAAGGUGAUCCCAGCUGCAAAGAUGUUAUUCUCUUCACUGCCCUCGCCACGACACAGCUCUAUGGUCGUGGCUUCACUACAGAUUGUACAUCGAGAUUUAAGUACAUGGACAAGCUCUUUAUUACGUCAGGACAUCUUGAUACUCAAAUUAAUAGAUCAACAUUUACAAAACUUGGAGACAUCCUUGUGCAAGAAUAUGGCUUCAAGCAGACUUCGGGUAGUCAUUCACAUGGAGAACAAGACCAGGGGUCAAUACAUCUCGGUGGAAACCAAGAGGAGGUAAUCAAACGUUCUGGUAGCGAUCUACGCAAGCAACUAGACAAAGACCUCUCUCCUGGGGGUGAUGCCAAUAUAGAAGUGGGCACAGGCUACUCUCUUGGAGGUGAUGCCAACAGACUAGAGAACAACUCUGCUAGACACAGAUUACGGAUUAUAAAUAAGGAAAUGGAGGGGAUGACAACUGACUUGCAAAAGGAGGUGGAGAACAAGUGGAAGUUACUGGUGCAACUACCUAGGAUACUUGAAGCUGUGCUUGAAGAACUGUACCAGGAACCAAAGGCUGCGGAGAUACUGGAAAGAUAUAUCGAACAGACAUGCAAUCAUUGCACAAGAGAUGAUCAAGUCAAUGCUACUGGUAGUGAUGCCAACAGCAAAGGUUACAAAGGCAGUACAACUAAACAUGAUGCCAACAGCCGUGGGGACAAAGGUAGUGGUGUUACAACCAGUACUUCUGAAGGCGGGAAACCUCUGGUUUCUGUUGGUCACCAACUCACUCACUCCACAAGAGAUGCACCACCACGAGGCGAAGAGUUACUGGAGUCAGGACAUAACAUUCGCCUUCCUUCCGACACAGGAUGCCACCAAACCCUCAAUGACAUAGAUAGUUUACGGAUGAUACAGGAAGAUUUCAACAAAAUGACAGCUGAUUUGCAAAAGUAUGUGGAGACCAACUUGAAAGUACCACAAGGGAAACUGCUCACAAUACUUGAAGCGGUGCUCAGAUAUCAGGAACAGGAACGAAAGGGGAAGCCAGAUGUGAGCAAGAAGCCAGAUGUGAGCACAUGGAUCCCUGGCAGUCUGAAGAAAGGGUGGAACAAACUCUGGGGAAAGUCCUCCACGUGAGCAGCUUGUACGCAAACAGGUUUAGGCAGAGGAACUAAAUGAACACGAGUGUGCGAACUGAUUGAGGCGAUAUACAUAAAAGGACGUAGUUGUCUUAUCCAGCAACUUCCAGGGACAUUUGCAGCAGGUUAGCCGAAUGUUAUGCGCCAAUCAAUGAUUUCAAAUACCUAGUGAAAUGGUCAUCACAGUUCCACCGUUUUCAGGCAGCAGACUCUACAUAUUAGGUAUUAUAUACCAUACCAGACUGGAUAUACUUUAGGCUAGGUCAGGCAAAAGCAAACGAAUUUAUAUAUCAUGUGAAAAUAAGGUUGAAUGUUGAAAUUUGAGUUUGUUAUAUUGACCUAAUGCUAAUAUUUGCUUUGUAUGUGCAAGCUUUGUUAAAGAAGAAGGCCGAUUAUCGUUCAGAGUUUAGAGAACAUUGUAGUGUUUUUGUAUGUACAUUAGCUUAACUUUUCUAUACUUUUAACUCUGUUAUAAGGCUUACUAUAUGUUGAGGAUAACAUAUGACGCUUGCAAACACAUAGAGUGAAGAAGCACCUGUACUUUAUAUUCUAAUCAUUCAUAUCAACUUAAACCUGCCUUAAACACCUUUGCUCUAUAUUCACAUUAAACACGUGACACCCAAGAGAGAGUGUAGACACCAAUGGAUAUUGAUCCACUACCCACGAAUCCACGAACAACGGAUCCCAGCACUACUACAACUUAAUAAUAUUUAACAGAUUUGAAUUAAAUUCAAUGUGUUUACAAAUAAGAAAAAAAAAUGUUAUACACUCUAUACUGUCUAAGAUUUGAGCAAAGCGUGAAUCCUAUAUUCUCGAACAAGAAAAUGUUGCCAGACAUCUAGAUAUCUCCAUAUUGUACCACAAGGUUGACAUUCAAGAAAAACUGUAAAUAUAUUGCAAUAGUUGCUGUGAUCAGUGCCCAUGUCAUCUAGCAGAAAGUGAAGUGUUGGAUAUGAUACUGUAGUACGGCACCAUUCUAUACAAUUGUUGAACUUAGGCCUUCAGACACUGAUGAAACAUUUCAUCCUUAUUGAAGAGUGCUUUUGUGACAACUUUUUGUCCCAUCAACCAGAAAAUACAGAUAUAUAUAUGAAUACUUAAGAUGCAUAGCACAUAGAAAUGAACGUCUACAGGCUCCUCUUUUGCAUACAUUCAUAUCAUGUAUAAAUUUAUAGUGGAAAUCAAUUGAUUUAAUAUAUCUUUUAUAUUUUCUACAUUGAUUAAUUAUAUCCUUCAACACCAAAGGUUCAGUAAGUUGUCUUUGUCACUUAAAGCAUACAUAGAGUACUUUACUAGUUUUAAUUAAGGCAUCAUAAAAUUGUCGGCCUCCUUUACUAUGAUUUGAUGUUAAUGAUAGUGCAAGACAUGCUCUUUGAACACCUGCACUAAAGGUUCAAAUUGUAGGCGUGUUUCAACCCUGUCCUUCAUGAUGGAGGAAUGUUGAAUUGUUUGAUAGGCAUUACUUUGAAGCUGACGGAUACAGUUUAUGGAUAACAACUUCAUUAUUUACUGUAAAGGUAACGUUUCGGUAUAGAUCCUUAUACCGUUGUCUUUGGAGGAAUGUUCAUCAACAAUUUGUUAUGAUCUAAAAACGUAUGCUUAUACACACACACAGUUGUCCUGGAAACCUGGAAACUCAUUAAACCUUUUUCGUUAUCUAUGAUUUUAACUGGAUGUACCGUCCUAUUCACUCAAAGCUUUAUCACUAAGUCGGAAUCUUUUAAGUGAAUAUUAAGCCCCAGGGUUUCAACAACAAGACUCUACUGUAAAACUUUGCCCAAGUAUUUAAAACAUCUCUCCAACAUGGGUUAUCGACAUAAUAAUGCAUUCUGAUACGUGCUCCUUAAAUAAAAAAUGGGGAAAUGGAAAAUAUGAUACUUUGGCUGCAGUUAUAUUGAUUAUAUUGCUUGUUUCAGAAAUGACAAUUUUAAAGAAUCAGUAAAAGCACUGAGAUCUAUCAUCGUAAGAUAACUUUUGCAUUAUUUAAUUGAUCCUCUUUAUGUUAUCAGGUUUGUCAUUCCAGAUGAAGUUACAAAAAAUAUUAUUUAAUGUUUUUAUUUAACUUUCAGGCGGAUUCGGCAAUGUUCUAAAAUAUGUAUUGUUGUUGACAAUGCAAGUGUCUUGACAAUCGUAAUUUUAUCAAAUAAUUCCAAGUUUCUUCUCCUCCUGCUCGCCUUUAUUAACAUGUUUUAGUCUUUUUCUGGUGUUAACGACCCAGAGGUCCUCUCGUUGUGGUUUUAAGUUUACAUCUCUAGUACGUCAAAAUUGCCUACAUGCCAAUCUGAUUGUGUAUUUUUUCACAUAGCCUAACAUUACUAUUUGUAAUUGUGCCAAUUAAAUUGCUUAAUUUUAUCUACAUUAAUCAUGAGGCUGAUAUUUCUUUAAAUAUGUCAAAAGUAGCUUUGAAGCUUGAUUCUGUUCAGUAUGUCGGUAUUAUCAGCAUAUUGUCCAACUUCAUUUUCAGUAGUGUUGAGAUUUAUCCUUAUAUUUUUUUUUAUAUAACCAUAUUCCCUAAAACGUCAGCCACAAAAAGAUAGAGAUACGGAGCGAGAGGGUCUUCCUGCCUGCUCAAUCUUUCAUUUUGAUGCGGAUCAUGAGUCUGAUGAUCCGUUUUCUAAGAACUGGGCCGAGACCAUACUUUUCAAGGACUAACAUCAUCAAAGCUUUCGAUACAGUAUCAAACGUUUUGUUUUUUCAAAAUCAAUCAAAAUCAGCAGUUCAUGCUUUAUUUUGAUUCCUGGUUUUGUUUCACAGAUCACAUAGUUUUGAAAGAUGGAAUGCUUGAAAGACCAACACCGCUUCCAACUUCUCACUUUCGUAAAUCGUUUUGGAAAGAUGAAAAGCUUGACAGCUCGACAUUGCAUCUAACUUCCCACCUUCGAAAAUGUGUUCAAUCGAAAUCUUAGAAGCUCGAAUGUUCUGCCAAAUUUGAAUUUGAUAUUUGUAUAUUUUGAACACCUAAUGUUAAGGAGGCGGUUGUGCUGCUUGUUUACUCUCGUCUUUAUUAAACGAGACCAACAAGGGUUUACGACAAUGCAAAACUGAUUUUGCUGUUGGGUUACGUCAUGAUAUUAGUGGGGAGUCUCUUUGGAGUGGGUUGCUUACUUGUAUUAGUGGGAGCUUAUUAUGAUGGAUUUGGUCCUUUUAUCACCCUGUUUAGGGUGUGUUGUGUUGUUGAAAAAAACUUUCUUAACCAGCUUCAAACAGAGAUAGAUCAGGAUACAUGUUGUGCCUGCUUCGUUUUGGAUCAGAUAUUAAAACCUUUCUUCUUUGAUCCACAACCACAUAUUUCACUUUCAGGGCAAGGAUCAACCUUAUUGUAUAUCAAAAUGAGCUUAUGAUGAAAUUGGUUAAUUAUCAUGUAAAAUAUGUCUAUGGAUGCAUGUAUCGGCUUUUUUUGUUAUUUUAUGAGGAACUCUCCAGUAUUCAUGUUUUUCUUGUUUCCAAAAUAUCGCUGAUAAUGUCGUGUUGUGAUAUUUGUGAUGCACUGUUGUUUGUAUUGAUGACACGAACCUGUAAACGUAUUGAGCAUUAGUGCCGGUCCUUACUCUCACUAUAAGUUAGUUGUCUAUAGAUGUGUGUAAUGUAUGAUGCAUCAUCUCACAAACAGUUGUGAAGUCAGUUUGUUUUGCCAGCAUGGUCGAGGUCAUAACGUAUCGCUGUCACUGAAACGGUGAUCUUGCGAAUUGAACUACUUCUGUUUUCAGACGAAAGUGAAGUAUGUGUACUCAGUAUGGUUGAAUACUCUCUCCAAUGUAGCGUUCUGAAUUAAUUAUAUAAAAAAUGUUUGAU